GUGCUCCAGAUACAUACCCCCUGGCUCCCCAAACACCAGCCGGAACGGAAAGUGAAACUCUUUCAGUUUCCAAACACCAAAAGUCCAGUUGCCAACAGCUAAACUUUUCUUCUUGUUAUUUCUCUCCUGAGUUCUAAUCCUGACAAACCGGUUUACCACAGAUGGUCAUUGUCAAAGAAAUCAAAGAAAGACAAACAGAAGAUUUUCCUCAGUUUUCCAAAGGAGCUGAAUUGACUUCUCCAGGGAGUAAACAGAGGCAUUUACUUCAACUGAAAGUAACAUCAUCCAGGGCGUAAAGAUGAUUGCCCCAGGCACACUUUCUGUCCAGCCAGCAAGCAAUGAAGUUAACAGCGUUCAAGACAUCUACAAUGAACCAGAAAAUUCUGUGCCCAGCAUGCCUCUGGAUGAGUGGCGCCUCCUGCUGCUUGGGAAGAGCGGCACAGGCAAGAGCUCCUCCGGCAACACCAUCCUCAACGAGGAGGUCUUCAAGUCCGACAUGAAGCUGUCCCGCGUCACACAGUUCUGCGAGAGGAAGACCAAGAUCAUCGGUGGCAGACGGCCUGUGACGGUGAUAGACACGCCGGGUCUGUUUGAGACCAAGCGUUCGGAGAAGGAGGUGAUCCGGGAGAUUCUGCAGAGUGUCUCCCUCUACAGGCCGGGCCCGCAUGUCUUCCUGGUGGUGAUCCCCAUUGGACGCCUCACGCAGGAGGACAAAGACACCCACGACCUGCUACAGACCACCUUUGGCAAGAGGGUGUGGGACUUCACCAUCGUACUGUUCACCCACGGCGAUCAGCUGGACGGCAAGACCCUAAAUGACUUCAUCUCCAACGGCGACGAGGAGCUGCGAGAGUUCCUUCGCAAGUGCAGCGGCGGCUUCCUGGUCUUCAACAACAAGGACAUGGCCAACCGGGAGCAGGUAGCCAAGCUUCUGGAGAAGGUGGAGACCCUGGUGGCCCUGAAUGGGAACCAGUGCUACAGGAACCACCUGUACCCCGCGGGGGAGAGGAGGAUCAGAGAGCGGCAGGAGAUCAUCUUGGCCGAGAGGGACCAAGAGCUUGCGCAGAAGGAGAAAGGACUCGAGAAUCACUACAAGGAUGAUGAGCUGGAGAGACAGAGGAGAGCACUCUGGAGGAAAGCAGAGGUGGACGCUAGGAAGAAGGCAGAGGGCUGGUGGGGGGCGUGGAGGCCGGCAGACAUGUCCGCCAAGCUCCCGGCAUUAGCAUUAGCCAUCCUGUUUCUGCUGGUUGUGGUUAUUUUAAGCCUUAUUUUUGGUGUAACAAGCCUACCCAUAACCAAACCAAUUGAGAGUAAAUAAUUACUGAACUCGCACCUCACAUUGAAACCUGUAGGAAACCUGAACAUGAACAAAAUAUGGCAUCAAAAUCGUUACCUGGCUUUCAGAUAACAUUUUAAAAGAUGCCAUAGUAUUGUAUACAAAUUGUACCUGUACAGGUUUUUAAUUGAUAAUGAAUAUCAAGACACACCAAGAAUUUAAAAUAUGUUGUGUUUUUGGGGAAAUUGUGUUCACAACAAUGCACAACCCAUUCCAAUGUGAUCAAUAUCUCUUUUAUUACCUCAACAUGUAUUUACACACUUUCAUUUUACUAUGAAAAAACUACCAUAACCACUUACAAAAGAUAUCUGAAAAAGAGCAAUCACAGUUUGCAAGUUGCAACCUGGACCCCUGACCAACCCUAGAUGCAGAGGAUGUAGGCAGGGUGGUUUUUAAAAAGACCAGUCAUGACGUCAGCUAAUUGCCACGUAAGCCGUGGGAAAAAUAAAAUAUAUACAUGUGAAUCAUAAAGAAAAAAACAAUGAAUGAAUAGACACACCAUACCCUGCGUGACAGAAAAUAAAAUAAAAGAUAAUCAUAAUAAUAGCAUUUCCAUACAAGUGUCAUUGUAUUACAACCGACUCAAAUAAAGCAAUUCAAUUCCAAUUCCUCAUUAAGGCCGCCAGGGUGCACCGUCUGAAGCGUGAAGAUCCAGAACGCCUCUCUCUGUAGCAACGUGCGGUCCCUGUCACCCCCCCUUCUGUGUUGAUUGACCAGCUCUAUGCCCUGGAAUCUCUAAGAGCAUAUGUCAUGGCCCAUAUUAAAAUGCCGCGCUACUGGGGAUGUUGUGUGUGUACUUACUUAAAGAAACAGGGUCAUAGUUACUUGGCCCUGUGAAAGAGGUUGGACCUGGUAUUGCAAACUAUGAUCACUGGUGCCUGUAUGGCUUUGAAUAUGCAUUUCUGCUGAAUAAAUUGUUCACAAGGAAAACAU